GCCCGGAUUUCCUCUGCAGGCAGCUCAUAUACAGGUCUGCUGUGUCUGUGCUUCUUUCCUCCUCCUCCAGCCUCUCACAUGUUCCUGUUUUGCUCCCUCCUCUAUGCAGUGUCAUUGUAUUCCCCCUCCCAGAUCACACCAGGCCUGUCUGCUUCUCUCUACAGUCUCCCCAUUCCAGCUCUGCUCAGCAGAAAGGAGUAGACAUGGCUGAAGUGGAGAUAGCUACAGAGGCAUUAUCCGAAGCUCUGGACUCGCUGGCUGCGCCGGAAACGCUCAGUUUAGGUAUUGCCAUUAUCGGGCCACGAGGAUCGGGAAAAACCACACUAGUCCGAUCCCUUUGCCACCAAACUGAGCACUUCGGUCCCAAGUUCUUGGACUCGUAUUUUAAAGGAAAUGAAGGAUCUCAUGAUGUCACAUGCCAUACUUACCCUUCUCUACCCAAUGUAACUCUUCUGGAUUACCCAGGGUAUAGCCCUGGCGAUUCUCCCACUGCGUACCUGGAAGGCAUUAAAACCGAAAAUGUCCACUGCCUGGUGAUGACCGUCGGGGAGGUCAUCUCUGAUGCUGACUUGCAACUUUUGGGAGCCCUAAAACAUUUGGGGAAACCCUACUGUGUGGUGCAGACCCAUGUAGACCUUAUAUUGCAUACAGAGAAGAGGCAGCAGGGGAAGAAUUACUGGAGAGGCCAAACACUUUUGGGCCUAAGGGGGAAAACGGAAGAGAGGCUGGGUGGAAGUGGGCCUCAAGGAGCCCACGUCUUCCUGGUGGCCUCCCUGGAAGCCCAGAACUAUGACUUUGUGGAGAUGGUGGAUUUUAUUGAGAGGGAGUUGCUCCAGUGGAAAAGGCCGGUUAGUCACGCGGCAGAUCCUAAAACUCAAGAACUAGCGUCAGUAUUCGAAGUACAAUGUGAUCAAGAGGGACUUUCAGAAUUCUGCUCUCUCCUCAGCAUCUUUAUAGACAACCCUCCUCCGGUGUCUGCUGUGGUUGGCGUAACUGGCACUGAUAAGGAUGGUAUUCUCUGUGCCCUUUGUGAACCCCCACUUUCAGGACUUGUUGUGAGAUCCCUUCCAGGUCCAGGUACCCCACCGAUGUCCGUGGAGCAGUACUUGCAAAACUUACAGACAGAAGCUUGUGAUGUCUACUUGAUUGUAGGCUCGGGGAUGGACAACAGCUCCCGUGCCACCCUGGUUGAAGCCUUGGUCGCUGCUGGCAAACACUGCAUGCUGAUUGGUGGAGACGAAGAGAGGAAACAUAGACAGGAGGCCAAAGGGCACAUAGAAGGAGGAAAAAAGUCAGAACGCCAUGGGUCUGAUUUUCCUGGUUUAAGGGUAGCUUUAGAGAAGGGAGCUCCUCAGUUAGUCAGAGAAAGGCUUCUGCAUUCCAUCCCAUCCAUCAUUGUUCAGCUAGUAAGGAGAGAGCGAAGAAGAGUAAUGAUGGGCAUAUACGAUCUCUGCCUGGACAUAUGUGCCCAGUCAUGUCAAGGGGAGCUUCCUGAAGCUUUGUGCAAACUUUUGUCCAGUCUUACAUCAUUCCGUGCCCGCUACGGGCUAGAUGACGACUCGCUAACCCUAAUAUCGCAAGUGACUGGAUGCAGCACUGAGGAUUUGCGCACCGAGAUACAAUGCCCCCUGGCACAAGACCCAAGCGCAGAACAACUGCUGCAGAUGGCAUCUCAGCCCCUUUCUUUAUCUGAGCUGGUCUGGAGCUACAUCCCGCACUGGGGAGGAGGAGAGGAGGCCCCCACCAAAUUGUCUCACGAACGCACCUACCGCCUUCUGGUGGAAGCGGUCUGGGGGAUGGCAGAGGAUGCCGAGAGGGUGCUGCUUCAUGGAUGCACCAACCAGAAGGUGGCCAAAGAACGGACUGCUUUCUGUCACUGGCCCUGUGUGUGAUCUUCCAUGACCACUCCUGGACCUCCACCUUGCUAGGUCAAUGCACUUGCACACCAUUAUACAUAUAUGCUUUGGUGCAUUUUUGUCUAGGUGGGAAGCAUGGCGCUGUCCUUCACCCCGAACUAUGUGGUAGUUAAAAAAAAAAAUAUAUCUUUAAUCAUCAGUUUAUGGGUGCAGAUUGUUUUCUCAGCCUAUAAGUAUAUCGUGACAAAUGUUGAUGUAUCAAAAUAAAUGGUCUAUCGUAGAAUUUCUAUUAGAUGAAGUGGCUCUUUGUGUAAGUUAGGGCGUGCCUCCUAUAGGCAAGGAGAUAUAUCCCUUUUGGCAAGAGGGAUUCCUCUUGUUGGUAAAGAAGCUCUCUCUCUGUGGGCAAGAAGCUUCUUUUAUAGACAGGAUAACUCUUCAUAUAGGCCCUCUUUAUAAAAGUAGUAAAGUACCUGUGAAUAUAGGAGCUCUGCUGUAAGCAAGGUCAUUAUCUUGUAGGCAAGGUAGGUCCUAAUGAAGGAGAUGAUGAUGAUUAUUAUUAUUAGUAUUAUUAUUAUUAUUAUUAUUAUUAUUAUUAUUAUUAGUAUUAUUAUUAUUAGUAUUAUUAUUACUACUAAUAAGGAAAUGUUGAAAUUCAAUUUAACAGUAGUUGGGGCUUCAAAUUUCUAUUAGGGCUUAUUUAUGCUUCAAAAUGUGGCAUUGGAAACGCUUUUUUAAAGCCCUCUGCCAAUCAAAGCGCCUGUCACUGAAUAAAAUAGUAAGCUUA